AUGGGUUCAACGAACAGCUCACUGCUGGGGCCCAGCUCGGAGAAGCUCUGCGCGGCGUUUUCUCCGAUCAUAGCCGUAAUUGACGCGUUGAUUUUCGCGGUCUCCGGCUGCUUCGAAUGCCGGAAAGUGGGCCGUCGACGGAAAUUGAGCUAUGGGACAUUGUUCGGCUCUCGCAGGAAUCUCAUUGAGGAGCUUCAUCUAGCACUGUUCGGUACAGCAUGUGGUGAGAACCUGUUCUUGGACAGGAUUUUCGAUCUUUUUGAUAUGAAAAGGAAUGGUGUUAUUGGUUUGGAGGAGUUCGUUCAGUCACUCGAUGUAUUCCAUCCCAGAGCCUCCAUGGACGAUAAGAUAGAUUGUGAAGCAAAUGGUGAUUGCUAUACUAAUGGAAUGGAAUCUGAUGUGGCAUUACCUGAUGAUACGAUAGAGCAAAUGAUCGACAAGACUUUCGAAGAAGCCGAUGCUGACAAGGACGGAAGAAUUAAUAAAGAAGAUUGGAGGUCUUUCGUCGUUAGGCAUCCAUCACUUUUGAAGAACAUGACACUACCUUAUUUGAUGUACGUACGUUAG